UUUUUUUUUUUUCCUUUUCCCCCGGGGUAUUCGUUACGUGGUAUUAAUUCCUUAGUUCGUGUCUUGUGUGAUACCACAAGGGAUGGUUGGACUCGAUAAUCUCAAUUUCAAGGAAAGCCUAAUAGCUUCCUGCUUUCAAGGCAAAUGAUUCUCUUUUUUGUCAUUCCUGUUCUGCUUCUUACGUCUAAGCUGUAUUAUUUCACUGGUUCUGAAUGCGGGCAAUGGUUUGAGUACAGCAGGAACAAAACAAAAAUGGAAGUAAAGGAAGACUGGAUGGCCGAAAGCUGGGAAACAUCGAGUCACAAUGUUGCAUUUCUCAUCUUUUCCACAAAAUUGGGUCGGGUCAGGUCACGUCAGUUCAAGAUCGUUCUGCACAGGGGUCAUUAUCUUUUUCGGCAUCGCUGCUAGCUACUCCACGGUGUUUCUGUCGGU